AUGAGUUUCUAUCGCUCACCUGAAUUGACUUCUUCAUUCCAGCCUAAAGUGACUGUAGUCGAGGGAGCUCUUGAUGUACACAUCAAUCGUGAAGGAUAUAUCUAUAAGAUUGUGAACAGAAAGAUCACAGCAUCAGAUCGUGAAGGUGCAAAAGUGAUGGAAAUGAUGAAAGCUGAACAGGAAGAAACGCGAAAGAAGAUAGAAGAGAAAGAGCUUCGUCGUGAAGCUGAAGCAUUACUAGAAGAGGAAAAACGUCGGGGAACCCGGGGCGAAUGCUGCGGCGUUACGCGCCACGUGCACUGCGAGCCGCAGCAGAACACGCGUCAUAUUCUCGCCGAACCUUAUGUGUGGAUCAUUCCUAUCGUAAAGAUGUUACCAUUCCAACUUGAACAUAUACAAAAGCGAUUAGUGGAUACUGUACCACUGAUGUUCAAGGCACGGCUAGAUUACACGUUCUAUCGUAAAGAUGUUUUCUGUGAUGAUCAAAUUUUUGGAGUCAAAAAACACGGCCUUGAUCAGUUCAUGCAGCAUAUUGGAACGAUAAGCGUUAUAGGACAAUUCACAUUGCCUCAUGUCCAGAUGGAGACUGUUAGUGUUAUACCGGUCAUUGAAGAUGGUACAGUACGGUGUCGUUGGCGGGUGAAUUAUGUGUCAUUACCACGGCUCAUCAUGAACCCUCGUUUGUUCAGAUUUGAUUACCGCAUGAAAAAUCUUAGUUGGUACGAUGGCUAUUCGGUGUUCACAGUCGAUGGUAAUGGCCACGUCUUCAGAGUCACAAUACAGAAGACUCAACGAGAUGAAGGAAUGUUGGUUGAUGAGAAAAGUGCCAAAGAUAAGCUGGCCGAGAAAAUUGCCGUUUUCCGGCCUGGCCCAGCGACCACAAAUUUUGUACCUCAGCAACGACCUAAGGAUGAACCAAAUGGAAUUAUCAAUAAAUUAACUAUUGCUGCUUGUAAUAGUUGCCGGGGUUCAAGAACGAUGUUAUCCCGCCAUUCCGUUCGUUGUGCUCAUGCAGCAGCUGCUUCACGUGCUGCUACCAGUAAGGCGGAACAGCUGACGAAGUUGCCAAGUGGACUAACCGUUGCUUCUGUGGACCAUCAGGGUCCCAUCAGUCAGCUGGUGCUUAUGUUCCGCGCUGGCUCACGAUAUGAAGGCGCUAAUCAACAUGGUCUAGUGCACUAUCUGCGUGACUCCGUCGGAACGGAUUCGGCGAACUAUCCUGGUCUCAGUCUAAUCUGGAGCUCGGCUGUAAGCGGUGGACGUGUUAAGGCUUUUACAACCCGCGAUAUCUACGGUGUAUCGCUGGCGCUACCCAGAGACGAGACCUCAGUCGGUAUUUCGAUACUUGGUCACAUUGCGCAACCAGCUUUCAAACCGUGGGAGGUUGAGGAUCAAACAUUGCCUGCUCUUAAAGUCGACAACGCUUACAAGGAUCCUUACAACGUGGCUUACGAGGAUUUGCACCGUGCUGCCUACCGCAGUGGACCAUUGGCGCGAUCCGUGUAUGCACCAAAAACCUCUAUUGGCAAAAUCAGCUACAAAACCCUGGCUGAAUUUGCUGCCAAGCACCUAACAACUGGACAAGCUGUUCUGUACGGGAUGAACAUCGAGCAUGAGCGGAUGGUGCUUUAUGGUGAUAGUCAUGCUCCCAUUGCCAAUGGACAGAAGGUUGAUGCUGUGGCUAGCCCGUACAAGGGUGGAGAGUGGCGUCGUCCUGCUGGUGGUUCAAUGGCGCACGUUAUGCUGGCUGGUGAAGGAGCGUCGCUAAGUGAUGCCAAAGCGAUGGCUGUGCAAGCAGUACUGCUUACAUCUCUGGGCAGAUCAGCCGCUGUACAAUUCUCCGGAUCCGUGGGGAAUGCUGCUGUUCUUCGAGCCGUUGCCGGUACCUGUGGCGCAUCAGCAUUCCAGGCAGCCUACCAAGACGGUGGCCUCGCUGGUGUCUACAUCGUCGCAGAUGGUGCUAACGCAGGAAAAGCAGUUAAAUCUGCUGCUUCAGCCAUCAAGAACUACAAAUGCAGUGACAUUGAAGCUGCAAAACGCCGUACUACCAAUGAUCUUCUCCGGGCCACUGCUCAUGCUUACCCAACUUCCAUCGAUCGUGCCACUCAGAUCCUUGCUGGACUCACUACUGAGGGAGCCAUUAUUGAAGCAGUUCAACAGGUGACGGCUGGUGAUGUUGAGGCAGCGGCAAAGAAACUUUCGAGCAAAUUCUCUUUGUCCAGUUAUGGAAAUAUCGACGAAGUUCCAUACUUUGUUAUGAACCCACGUAAUGAUGACGAGCAGCCUAAGCCUCUCGAUACUCCAGCAUCUGAAGGGAGUGCCAUGGCAGAUGAGAAACCGCCACAGCAAACGCAAGGUUUUGAGGGUUUCACUUAUAAUGAAGACGUUCUCAAAUUCGAGUUGCCGCCACUGCCAGAUCCUUUACCAAAAUGUAAAGCCGCUCUGGAGAAGUUUGUAGUGCCAAAAGAGUCUGAUUUGGUCCGGCGGUCUUUUAUGCCUCUACGAACUCAUCCCGAUCAUUUCAUAGAAGUCUAUUUCGAGAACGUAGCUGAAACUGGCAAAUCUCGACUACCUUGGGAGCUUGUGCGACCUGCGUUCUUAUGGAAAGUUAAGUCAUGUAUGGACGAAAUGGUUCGGUGGCAUCGACAGCGAGAAGGACCAGAUUCCGUCGAUUUGAGUGAAGGUUCUGAAAACAAACGAAUGUACGACUUUAUCUUAGAGAAAGCGGCGAAAUUCGAGGCUGCACCAUUCACAUGGCAGAGCUGCUCAAUUCUCCAUCUCGACAUUAUCGAAAAGGCGGAUAAAUAUUUUCGAGCACUGGACAAGACAAUCAACGUGGUCACCACUGUGUCCGAGGAUGGUCGGCGUAUGACUGGAAAUCCUCAAUAUAUAUCCGAAACACCGGACACCUAUAGCAUCGAGCAAUUGUUCUUUGGGGACGAACGCCCUGACUGCGAUUUCUGGGAUCCAGAUUUCGCCUACAAUGCGGUAUGUCUCCUAUAUCUAUUCCUACAACGGGUUAGGUGCAUAAGAUGA